ACAACCUGAAGUGUCUGUUUAUUUAGACUAAUGUGAACUCUUUCGUUUUCUUUUUUUCAGUCUCAAAAAUAUGUGAGAAGGUAACUACGUGUGACUGCUCUCAAUCGCCAAUAGACUCUUUGGAAAGACGAGAAACACCUGUAAAGAAGCCAUGUCACUGAGACAGCAGAACCUGGAGCAGGAGGCUGAUGGUCACAAUAAGGAGGCGGGGGGUGAUGCUGCCAGCUACAGCGGGGACCGCUCCAGCUCCUCUCCUUCCAGUAGAGAGGGAAACUCUGAUGGACCAUACUACUCAUCUGACUUUGAAGACAAACCACACUCAAUCAAAAACAAGAUCCCAGAAGCCCAUAUGGAGCAAAGAUCACAGAUAUACAAAAGAAAAAAAGUUAAAAAAGCAAACAAGGCCAAAGGCCAAGGCCUCAAGCAGAAGACAAACUGCACCGCAAACCACAAAGUCUUUAAAUUGCCCCCGAUCAAGCCCUUGCAGGUUCCAGGGCAGAGGAUCCAUUCUGCCCAAACACACCGCAUCAAGGAGCUGAGCAGCCAGGUGUGGGAUCUGCAACACCAGCUGAGCGGGGUCGAGGCUGAGAACAGGCUACUGAAAAGGCUCCAGCAUCGCCACAUGGUGGCACUGCAGCACUUCCAGGACACAGAGAACAGCCUUCCACAGCUCCUUGCCAAACACAGCAAUGAGGUGCGAGCCCUGCAGGAGAUGCUGCGUAGUAGCCGCCUCUGCAACAACAACCUGGCCAGACAGCUGCGGGCCACAGACAACAAGCUGAUGCACACAAAGGAAACUCUCCAGCACCUCCAGCAGCUCAGCCAGGACCAUAAACUGCUAGAGAGAGAGGAACUGACCCACAGGCUGGCUGAGGUUACUGCUGAGCUGGACAAGAAGAACAGGAAGAUAAAGGACUUAGAGAAGAACCUUCAGUUGUGUCAAAUCUCAUUCAAUCGCCAAAUAGUCACUGAAAUAAAAAAGACUGACGAGGCAAUACAGAUAUCUGCCUAUCUUCGAGGACAGAUCAAUCAGUUGACUCAAAAAAUAAAAGAGAGAGAGAAAGAAUUGGAGGUGCAUAAUAUUUACUCACACAGAUUUUCAAAAGGCAUGAGCAAAAAAGGCAGGGAAAAUAAGAUGGUUCAAACAGUUGGACUGUUCCGUCUCCCCACUGAGGCUUCAGGUCACAUGGCAAUAGAGUAUUCUAAACCUGAAAAGUGGCACGAAGGACAUCAGAACUUUCAGGGAACCAUUGCUUUUGACUAUCCAAACUUAGAGGAUUCAAAAGAUGACAAGUCAGAGGAUGAAGAUGACCUAGAUGAUGCUGAGAAAUGUGGUGACACUGGUGAACUGAGUAGUUGCUCAGACCAUGACUCAGUGCUUCAAGCUGAGAGCAAUGUUGAAGAAAACAAGGCAGUAGGUGGCCCACAAACAUCAGAACAAGAAAAAAAAGAGGAAAGUGAAGACCUGGUCUCCUACGCCUUGGAGAACUCUCAGAAAACAGCUCAACCUCAGUGCAAAGGAUUCAAGGUACCUAAUAUUAGGCACCAUUACACCUUCAAACAAACCAUCGAGAACCUGCACGCUGGGAAACCUGCUUACAGCAGCAUGAGGGAGAAUUCCUAUGAAAGCAUCAAGAACCCGAUGAGGGAGCGGGACCUAAGCACCAUGGCUUGUGGACCUUCCCCUGUGAGCCUGUCAGCUGGGAAAACUCAAAAUGUGGAGGAACCAAACCUCUGUGAGAGGAAAGAAUUAGACAGAAAGAUCUGCCUGAUGAAGGAGCUGUUUGGUCCAAGUGUGGUCACCAAUUUGGUGAGGGGCAAAUGCUCAGAUAUGGAGACCAGACCGUCCAGCUGCUGCACAGAUUUUGACUAAAUCAGUGGAUGAGGAGACUUUUCACUAAAGGCAAAGUAGACUCAAAAUAGACUGUGAAUA